UUUAAAUUAUUUUCUUCCCGCCCGGGUAGUAUUAACAAGUAUAGUUUCUGGUUUUAUUGUAUAUUUUUAGAAAUGUGCAUUUAUAUACUGCGAGUGCUGAAUAUAACAGGUGUCCUUUCCUUUUAAUAUGGGGUGCCCAUGGAAGUUGCUCCCCUCCCCUUCUCUUACUGUGCCGGGCCGGUUCGCUGCGCAGGUUUGGAACGCGCGCCAUUUUGUGAAAUUUACAAAAAAAUCUUCCUUUUAAAAACGGGACUAAUGGAUAUCUAUAAGUGGAGUUGGAUUUUAAUGUUACAACAUAAGGAUUUACAAUUACGUCUGUAAUCAUGGGAUUUAUUCGAUGGGGAACACUGCUGUCUACAGUGGUAUUUUCUUAGUUUAUAAUCAGUUUUUGGAGGCGCUGUUGAUUUGUAAAUUGAAGACCUUGUCGGAAUCUGGAUUGCUUAUAGAAGCAUUAGAUUUGUCUUGCUGACUUAAGACUUAAAAACAUUUGAAGGGGAUUUUAUAAGUUCUGGAAGAUUAGCAAACCCGAGACCGGUCUGUCUUAAAAAAAGAAGAAAGAAUUUCAUGUCCGGCUUGAGUUAAAAGUAUCAGAGAUGCCAUUUCAAAUCUUACAACAUAAAAUCAUAGAUCUACAACAAAGGGGCAGGAUUGACAGUGGAAUGCACUGAAUCCUUACUGCAACUUAAAUCGGAUUGACAGCUGGAUUCAGGGAAGUUGCAGAUUAUCAGAAGAAGGGAGGUAAUGAUUUUAUUGGCGGAGAAUUGUAGAGCAUCACAAAUAUGUGCGUAGUAGACUGGACAUCUGCAAAUAUGAAUAUGGUUGAGAGAGCUCCGAUGUUGUGGUUUGCUUCUGAACUGUCCAUCUGGAUUAUAUGAGAUUUGAAAGAGGAACAUGCAUACCGGUGAGACUAGAACCUUCAGCAUCCUGAAGUGUACCUUUCAUCUAUGUCUUCACCGCAGAAAAUUGCCAAUAAGUGCGACCGUGGUAGCCAACUCCCUCCAAAGGAUUUUCACAGUUCAGAUAAGAAUUGGAAUCUUUCUAUUGGAUCUGAAACUCCUUCUGCAGUUCUAGGGGACAUUCUAACAUGCAAACCUUCAUCUGUUCGACUUGCACCCUCAUUUUCAUUCCAUGCUGCUGGCCUUCAGAUGGCUACACAGAUACCACACACUCACCAGCAGUACAGUGAACGCCGCCAGCAGAACAUAAGUGACCAGCAAGUUCCUGCCUUAUCCUAUACUGACCAGUUACAGUCACCCAUAACAAACCAGGUGAUGCCCGAUGUUGUCAUGUUGCAAAGGCGAAUGCCCCAAACCUUUCGUGACCCAGCCACUGCUCCUUUGAGGAAACUUUCACUUGAUUUAAUCAAAACAUAUAAGCAUAUUAAUGAGGUGUACUAUGCAAAGAAGAAAAGGCGGCACCAGCAAGGCCAGGGGGAUGACUCUAGUCACAAAAAGGAAAGGAAAAUUUACAAUGAUGGCUAUGAUGAUGAUAACUAUGAUUACAUUGUAAAAAAUGGAGAAAAAUGGAUGGACCGGUAUGAAAUUGAUUCAUUAAUAGGCAAAGGUUCUUUUGGUCAGGUUGUAAAAGCUUAUGACCGGGUGGAGCAGGAAUGGGUCGCAAUCAAGAUCAUAAAGAACAAGAAAGCAUUCCUCAAUCAAGCCCAGAUUGAAGUUCGACUCCUUGAGCUCAUGAACAAACAUGAUACUGAGAUGAAAUACUACAUAGUUCAUCUGAAGCGCCAUUUCAUGUUCCGAAACCACCUCUGUCUGGUUUUUGAGAUGUUAUCCUACAACCUUUAUGACCUGCUGCGUAAUACCAACUUCCGUGGUGUUUCUUUGAAUCUAACGCGGAAAUUUGCCCAGCAAAUGUGCACUGCAUUACUGUUCCUUGCCACACCAGAACUGAGCAUUAUUCACUGUGACCUAAAACCAGAGAACAUUCUACUUUGUAACCCAAAACGUAGUGCUAUCAAAAUAGUUGAUUUUGGUAGUUCCUGCCAGCUGGGACAAAGGAUAUACCAGUACAUCCAAAGUCGGUUUUACCGAUCUCCAGAAGUACUGCUGGGAAUGCCUUAUGACCUUGCUAUUGAUAUGUGGUCACUUGGGUGCAUUUUAGUAGAAAUGCAUACAGGUGAGCCAUUGUUCAGUGGUGCAAAUGAGGUGGAUCAAAUGAACAAAAUUGUUGAGGUAUUAGGCAUUCCUCCUGCUCACAUACUGGACCAGGCACCAAAGGCGAGGAAGUUUUUUGAGAAACUGCCGGAUUCCAUAUGGACUGUUAAGAAGACCAAAGAUGGAAAAAGGGAAUAUAAACCACCUGGCACAAGAAAACUUCACAACAUUCUUGGAGUAGAAACUGGAGGUCCUGGGGGACGUCGAGCUGGGGAGUCGGGCCACACUGUAGCAGAUUACUUGAAAUUCAAGGACCUUAUUUUAAGGAUGCUUGACUAUGACCCCAAGGCUCGAAUUCAACCUUAUUAUGCUCUUCAGCAUAGUUUCUUUAAGAAAACUGCUGAUGAAGGGACAAAUACAAGUAACAGCGUUUCAACAAGUCCAGCUAUGGAGCAAUCCCAGUCAUCAGGAACAACUUCUAGUACAUCUUCAAGCUCAGGUGGCUCUUCAGGGACAAGUAACAGUGGCCGAGCAAGGUCGGAUCCAACACAUCAACAUCGGCAUAGUGGUGGGCAUUUCAGUGCAGCUGUCCAGCCUAUGGAUUGUGAGACACACAGCCCACAGGUUCGGCAACAGUAUCCCCAUGCAGUUGGCUGGACAGGAAGUGACGCCUCUUCACAGGUCACAGUUGAAACCCAUCCAGUACAAGAAACCUCCUUUCAUGUAGCACCUCAACAACAGAACAUACUGCAUCAUCAGUCUGGCAACAGUGCUCACCACCACCACCAUCACCACCACCACCACCAUCAUCAUCAUGGACAAACCCUGGGCAGCAGGAUUAGGCCAAGAAUCUACAACUCUCCAACAAACAGCUCCUCUACUCAGGAUUCCAUGGAAGUGGGCCACAGUCACCAUUCUAUGACAUCCUUGUCUUCCUCAACUACAUCUUCCUCCACAUCAUCAUCAUCUACUGGUAAUCAAGGAAAUUUGGCCUACCAAAAUCGUCCUGUGGCUACUCAUAACUUAGAAUUUGGACAGAAUGGCACAGUGGACAUGAGUGUGUAUUCUAAUCCACGUCAAGAGACUGGCAUAGUUGGACAUCCUUCUUACCAGUUUCCAACAAGUACUGGGCCAGCUCAUUACAUAACUGAAGGACAUUUAUCAAUGAGGCAAGGGAUUGAUAGGGAGGAGUCUCCCAUGGCAGGUGUUUGUGUCCAGCAGAGUUCUGUGGCAAGUUCGUGACUAACAUGAAACUGGAUUUGUUUCUUGUGUGCUUUUUUUAGAGGUGAUGUUCCCCCAAAAAAGUGCAUUGAGAUCAAAGCUGCUUGACCAGGAGAAGACAACAAAGCUGAAGCGCUACAGGAGUGCAGAGCUGAUUUUUUUACUCACAAAUUGUGAAAACAAAAUGCUAGGGGGACAGUUAAGAGAAAAUGUUUAUAAAAAGAGCUAUGUCCAAACCCACCUCAUACUUCACAUGCUGGUUCUUUUGCCAGCAUUAUAUUUCCUGCUGCCACUUUAUCACAAGGUGACCCUCAGUGCAUAAGGUUUUAUAUUGUUUAACAAUGCUGAAGUUCUCAUAUUAGCUCAGUGGCCAUCGGUAAAAAGAAAUGUACAAAAAAAAAACCUGCACAAAACUUGCUAGCAGUAGACCCCUAAUAACUCCUCCUUGCAUUUAGCAGUUAAGGCAGUCUUUGCAAAGUCCUCCAGAAGAGAUGGGUACAGAAAUGCAAAGUAGAGGAACCUGCAGUGAUUACAGCAUUGCACAUCCAGCAGAGGUAAUAAGGAGACAGGUGAAAAGAAGUAUUUAAGGCACAUGAAGCAUGCAAAGUGGCGGUAAUAAACCCACCCCCCCAGUUGUCUGAGGAUCAAAGCAGCGAUUGUGUUCAUAAUUUGAUAGUCUCAUCAGAUGCUUGGGCAACAUGUGCUGGGACAUGAUUACUGAGAUGUAGAUGCACUGAGAAGCAGUCAACAGGUUGGUCUUAGCCAGUCCUGGGGAGGUCUGAGUGGUAGUCUUUACGGUAACCGUUGGCCUUACAAAUACUGGACUCUAGACUGAAGAGCCUGGAUAUACCAUUUCAGAUGCAAUCAUCUAUUAGGAUAUCCUAAUGGAGAUAGUUCUUAAUGCUUAACACAAAGAGACUGGGUAACUCAAGAGGCCUUUCUUUAAAUUGACUUAAGUGACCACUUCCCAGCACCACCAUGCUUGACACUAGGGUAUCAAAAGGUCACACUGCGCAAGGCACAAAAUUGACUUCCUCAUUGGUUGAAGGUCACAGUAGUUUGCAUUUGACGGAGCUAGCUACAACUGUGUCCCUGCCCGCUUUUUACUUGCUUUGUUUUUGCUUUUUUUUUUUAUUUUUUUUUUUUUUUUUUUAAUUCUUCAGCACGUGGUUUCUCCACCAGUAACUUCUGCACAACAAUGUCUUCUGUUCCUCCAGAACUUUUUUUAAUGCAGAAUUUUAUGUGACUGCUUUUUUGCCUCACAAUUAUGCUGUGAAUUUUACAAGAAUUUAUUUUCCUUUUUGAUAAUUUAUUGUACCAAAGCUGUUUUAUAGCACAUAGAUGUCUGUAACCAAUAAUGUAGCAGUUCUGCACUUUGACAUAAGGUGUAUCUAUAGACCUUUCUAAUGUCAUUAAAUUAUGGCUGUACCUGUUUGAAGAAAACUGGAACUAUUGCAGAACUCGCAUCAGGUAAAUUUGCAGUACCCUGUUUAUGGAGCUCUACAGUAUCCCUUCAUAUCCAAGAUAUGAAUACCUUAAGUAAGUCAAGGUGUGUUCCCGAAUUCAGAAAGCAGAUUUGGCUGGAUUCUGGUGUAUUAACAGAUUGUUAGAAGGAGCCCCCUUGUACAGGAGAGUGUUCAAGAACGUGGUAUCUGACCAUAGAGCACAUACUAUACUGAUGAUCAAAAGGCUAGCGAGCUGUUUUUCUAACUGGUGCCUGAUUUACUAGGUUAUGCUGCCUUAAUUUAAGAGUCAACUUGGCAGUUGGAUGGACUUUUAACCUCAACCCCCCCCCCCAAAGAAAAUUUGCCAUUUGUCUACUGUAACAACUGCAGUGUUACACUUAGAAUGAGUAAUGUGGCUAUUCUGAAACCGUGUUCAGUAAUUUAAGCCAUGUUAACUGGCUGUUUUAUGUCAGCCGAACUGUGGCUCAGCUGUUGCUUUUACACCCUUCUGUGAUUGUGAUAACUGCAUCUUGUAUUGAUUUUUUUUAGUUGCAUUUGCCACAUAUGUUAGGGGUAGGGGUUGUUAAAAGUUGGCAUUUGUUUCCAGAAUAUCUGGAUUAAGUAUUGCCUUCUGUUUGUGGCAGGCCAAGUUGUUACUUGCAAUGCAGGGUCUCUUACACAUCAUACAGCUGAGUUGUUACUUGAAAUACAGGGUCUUUAAAUAUGUUCACUCUGCAUCAGAAAGUGAUCUAACUUAUGUGAUUAAACAGUUUCCCAUCUAAAGGGUAUAUCUCUGUGAAUGUUAAAUAUGAGAACUUAUGUUCAUAAAAUAUAUUUUUGAAGAAAAAAAGUUUUAAACAAAAGGGGUGGGUCUUGCUAUAUAAAGUUGUUACUAUAUAAAGUUGGUGCGUUUCCCCAUUGAAGCAUAGUCAGCCACUGUAUUACCUGCAAGAAUAUGGCCCAGAUAAUUUUUUAUCAGUGAUUGCUUGCAGUUUUGCCAAGAAUCACUGGUAAAAUCUACCAAUAAAAAAAAAAAAAAGACAGAUCCCCUGAAGUAUAACUCAUUUUCAGUCCAGUUUUGCGUGCUUUACUACACAGUUUGGUUACAAGACUUCUGACUGUGCAUUGUAAACAUAAACAGCAUGGAAAAAAAGGUUACGUACCUGUGUUCAUAUGUAAGAUCUAGUCCAGACUUGCUGUGUAUAUGUAAUAUGUUAAAUGACAAAAACAAGCUCUUUGUAUUAUAGUCAUGCAGUCUUAUGAUAAAUAAUUGAAUAAUU